AGCACUGAGGCUCCCUGCGGGCUGCUCCUGCAAUUCCUUUCAUUCCCCAAGUAUUGAUCUGCCCUGGCUGGGCGGCUCGGGGGGCUGGUCCAGCCUGCGGGGCCGAGGGAGGGCGGUCUGUGGGCUGCCGGAGGAGGCGUGCGAUUGGCUUCUGACCUGCCUCUGGCUUGUCAGUUUGGGCUCCCGGGGGUGGCUGCCGAGUGCCUCUCGCCCAGCCCUCUGACGGGAUGGAGCCUUUAGGGGGAUGCCGUGCUCCUGGCAUUUUGAUUAAAGCCCCUCAUCUCCCUGCAGUCUGAAGGCAGGGCACCGGGGGAGGAAGGAGCGGAGGGGGCCUGCACGGAGCAAAGAGAGGGACAAAAAGAAAUCCCCUUUGGUGUUUCACGGAUGGCUCUAUAAGAGGCAGCAUCUCUGGGAAUACCGUGGAAGGGACGGAGCUGGUAUAAAUUGAAGGCGCCCGGAGUCCGGUUCACACUUGUGGGCGCCCAGCAUGGAGAUGCAGAGAUGGUCCACAAGGUGGAAAACGAAAAGGUGGCUCCGGGACUCCACUGUAACCACACUCAUCACUUUUACUUUCCUUCUCCAGGCUGCAGAGGUCAGAGGAGCUGAACCAGUUGAUGUGCUAAAAGCAUUAGAAUUUCACAAAUCACCAGAAGGAAUAUCAAGAACAACAGGAUUUUGCACAAACAGAAGAGAUUCAAAAGGAUCAGAUGUUGCUUACAGAGUUUCAAAACAUGCGCAAGUCAGUGCCCCAACAAAGCAACUGUACCCAGGUGGAAACUUUCCUCAAGACUUUUCAAUAUUAAUUACAGUAAAACCUAAAAAGGGGAUCCAGUCCUUCCUUUUAUCUGUCUACAAUGAACAGGGUAUUCAGCAAAUAGGUGUGGAAGUUGGUAGAUCCCCUGUCUUCCUGUUUGAAGAUCAGUAUGGAAAACCUGCCCCAGAAGAUUAUCCUCUUUUUAGAACAGUCAACAUUGCUGAUGGAAAGUGGCAUCGAGUAGCUAUCAGUGUGGAGAAGAAAAGUGUUACCAUGAUUGUUGACUGUAAAAAGAAAACCACAAAAGCACUUGACAGGAAUGACAGAGCAAUUGUUGACACCAACGGCAUCACCGUCUUUGGAACCAGGAUUCUAGAUGAAGAAGUUUUUGAGGGUGAUAUCCAGCAGCUGUUGAUUGUAGCCGAUCCCAGAGCAGCGUAUGACUAUUGUGAGCAUUAUAGCCCAGACUGUGAUUCCCCCGUCCCCAAUGCUCCUCAAGCUCAAGAACCUCAAGUUGAUGAGAAAAAGAAAGCCAAAGCCAAUAAGAAGAAGAGGACAGUGGCCACCAACUCAAAGAACAAACCCACAAAGGCCACAACAAAAAAAUCUGAAAAUUUUGCAUCCAAGAAGAAGAAAAGUUACCAGGCAGCAGCAAAAGGCAAACUAGGGGUAAAGGCCAAUAUUGUUGAUGAAUUUCAAGAAGAGUAUAGCGUGACUGAAACUGACUAUGGGAUUUCAGAGGGUUCCCAGACUGAGGCUCCCAGGCAAACAACUGAAGCUAAUGAGCAUAAUCCUGUUGAAGAAGUAUUUGCUGAAGAAUACCUAACUGGAGAGGAUUAUGAUUCAGAACAUAAAAAAACUAAGGAUACUGAAUAUGGAAGCAGAGGAGUAGACCUCAGUGAAUCUGAUCUUCUGGUAGAUGGAGAAUUAGGCGAAUAUGAUUUUUAUGAAUAUAAAGAAUAUGAAGAGAAACCAACCAAUCCCACUAAUGAGGAGUUUGGUCCAGGUGUUCCAGCAGAGACUGAUAUCACAGAAACAAGCGUGACUGGGCAUGGUGCUUAUGGAGAAAAAGGACAGAAGGGAGAACCAGCUGUGGUCGAACCUGGUAUGCUUGUUGAAGGACCAGCGGGACCAGCAGGACCUCCAGGUCUUACAGGUCCCCCAGGUUUACAGGGUCCCACUGGUCCUCCGGGUGACCCCGGUGAGAGGGGCCCAUCAGGGCGUCCUGGCCUUCCAGGUGCUGAUGGUUUACCUGGUCCCCCAGGUACCAUGUUAAUGUUGCCGUUCCGCUUUGGUGGAGAUGGUGAGAAGGGCCCAACAAUCUCAGCUCAAGAAGCUCAAGCCCAAGCUAUUCUUCAGCAGGCGAGGAUCGCUAUGAGAGGGCCACCUGGCCCCAUGGGACUCACUGGAAGACCAGGUCCUGUGGGCGGGCCUGGCUCACCAGGUAUUAAAGGAGAAAGUGGCGACCCAGGUCCCCAGGGUCCUCGAGGUAUUCAAGGUUCCAUUGGUCCAAGUGGGAAACCUGGCAAAAGAGGUCGUCCAGGAGCUGAUGGCGCUAGAGGAAUGCCAGGAGAACCUGGUUCAAAGGGUGAUAGAGGGUUUGAUGGUCUUCCUGGUCUACCUGGUGAUAAAGGUCACAGGGGUGAUCGUGGCCCACAAGGACCUCCUGGUGCACCCGGUGAAGAUGGAACAAGAGGAGAAGAUGGAGAAGUUGGACCCAGAGGUCUCCCAGGUGAAGCUGGUCCAAGAGGAUUACUGGGCCCCAGGGGCACACCCGGUCCCCCAGGACAACCUGGUGUUGCAGGUGUUGAUGGCCCCCCAGGUCCAAAAGGAAACUUGGGUCCUCAAGGGGAACCAGGACCUCCUGGUCAACAAGGAAUCCCAGGUCCACAAGGGCUUCCUGGUCCACAAGGUCCUAUUGGAGCUCCCGGUGAAAAAGGACCACAGGGCAAGCCUGGCCUUCCGGGACUUGCUGGUUCUGAUGGGCCUUCUGGUCAUCCUGGCAAAGAGGGUCAGUCUGGAGAGAAAGGUGCUUUGGGGCCUCCAGGUCCUCAGGGUCCAAUUGGCUAUCCUGGUCCUCGUGGUGUGAAGGGAGCUGAUGGUGUCCGUGGUCUCAAGGGCUCCAAAGGUGAAAAGGGUGAAGAUGGUUUCCCAGGAUUUAAAGGUGACAUGGGUCUUAAAGGUGACAGAGGUGAAGUUGGUCCACUGGGUCCACGAGGAGAAGAUGGCCCUGAAGGUCCAAAAGGUCGAGCAGGUCCAACAGGGGACCCAGGUGGUGCUGGGCAGGCUGGUGAAAAGGGUAAACUUGGGGUUCCAGGACUGCCAGGAUAUCCAGGAAGACAAGGUCCAAAGGGCUCCACUGGUUUCCCAGGAUUCCCAGGUGCCAAUGGAGAGAAAGGUGCAAGGGGUUUACAUGGCAAACCAGGUCCCAGGGGACAGCGAGGACCAACGGGUCCACGGGGAUCAAGAGGCCCACGAGGUCCCACGGGAAAACCAGGCCCUAAGGGCACUGCAGGCAGUGAUGGUCCUCCUGGCCCACCAGGUGAAAGGGGACCACAAGGGCCUCAAGGACCUGUUGGAUUCCCUGGACCAAAGGGACCUCCUGGGCCACCUGGGAAAGAUGGCUUGCCGGGGCACCCAGGACAGCGGGGUGAGACUGGUUUUCAAGGCAAAACUGGACCCCCAGGCCCUGGUGGUGUUGUUGGACCCCAGGGUCCUACUGGUGAGACUGGCCCAAUUGGUGAAAGAGGUCACCCUGGUCCUCCAGGCCCGCCAGGUGAACAAGGCCUCCCAGGCGCUGCAGGAAAAGAAGGUGCUAAGGGUGACCCAGGCCCUCAAGGUAUCUCUGGAAAAGAUGGACCGCCAGGUCUUCGUGGUUUCCCAGGAGAAAGAGGCCUUCCAGGAGCUCAGGGUCCAGCUGGUCUGAAAGGAGGAGAAGGCCCACAAGGCCCACCUGGCCCAGUUGGUUCUCCAGGUGAACGUGGAUCAGCAGGUACUGCUGGCCCUAUUGGUCUACCAGGCCGUCCAGGUCCUCAAGGUCCUCCAGGCCCAGCGGGAGAGAAGGGUGCUCCGGGUGAAAAAGGUCCUCAAGGUCCGGCUGGACGAGAUGGAGUACAGGGUCCUGUAGGUCUUCCAGGUCCUGCUGGUCCUGGUGGCUCUCCUGGAGAAGAUGGUGACAAGGGUGAAAUUGGUGAACCAGGUCAGAAAGGCAGUAAGGGUGACAAGGGAGAAAAUGGUCCUCCGGGUCCACCAGGUCUUCAAGGUCCUGUUGGUGCCCCUGGUAUAGCUGGAGGUGAUGGAGAGCCAGGCCCAAGAGGUCAGCAAGGAAUGUUUGGGCAGAAAGGCGAUGAAGGUCCACGAGGAUUCCCUGGUCCUCCAGGUCCCAUUGGUCUUCAGGGUCUGCCUGGCCCUCCAGGUGAAAAGGGUGAGAACGGUGAUGUUGGUCCAAUGGGUCCACCUGGUCCUCCAGGUCCAAGAGGUCCCCAGGGUCCUAACGGAGCUGAUGGUCCUCAAGGUCCUCCAGGCUCUAUUGGCUCUGUUGGAGGUGUUGGUGACAAGGGUGAGCCUGGGGAAGCUGGUAACCCUGGACCUCCUGGAGAAUCUGGCACAGGCGGACCAAAAGGUGAAAGGGGAGAAAAAGGUGAGGCUGGUCCACCUGGAGCUGCUGGACCUCCAGGUGCCAAAGGACCUCCAGGUGAUGAUGGGCCUAAGGGUAAUCCAGGCCCUGUUGGUUUCCCCGGAGAUCCUGGUCCCCCUGGUGAACCUGGCCCUGCUGGUCAAGAUGGUACUGGUGGGGAGAAAGGAGAAGAUGGUGAUCCUGGUCAACCUGGUCCACCAGGUCCUUCAGGGGAAGCUGGCCCACCUGGUCCUCCUGGGAAGAGAGGCCCUCCUGGAGCAGCUGGUGCUGAGGGCAGACAAGGUGAAAAAGGUGCAAAGGGUGAACCUGGUUCAGAAGGUGCACCUGGAAAAACAGGACCAGUUGGUCCUCAGGGACCUUCAGGAAAACCUGGUCCAGAGGGUCUCCGUGGUAUUCCUGGCCCUGUGGGAGAACAAGGUCUACCUGGAGCACCAGGUCAGGAUGGACCACCUGGUCCUAUGGGUCCACCUGGCUUGCCUGGACUGAAGGGGGAUCCAGGUUCCAAGGGUGAGAAGGGACAUCCCGGUCUGAUUGGUCUGAUUGGACCUCCAGGAGAACAGGGUGAAAAGGGUGACAGAGGUCUUCCAGGUCCACAAGGGGCUCUCGGAGCCAAGGGCGAUACAGGCAUUCCCGGUCCCGCUGGUCCACUAGGCCCCCCUGGCCCUCCUGGUUUACCUGGUCCUCAAGGUCCAAAGGGUUCCAAAGGAUCCACUGGUCCUGGUGGUCAAAAGGGUGAUGGUGGUUUACCUGGCCCCCCGGGUCCUCCCGGUCCUCCCGGGGAAGUUAUCCAGCCUUUGCCAAUCCAGUCACCCAAAAAGACAAGAAGAUCUCCGGAUUACAUGCUGGCUGAUGCAGCUGAUAACAUCCUGGAUUAUUCUGAUGGCAUGGAGGAAAUAUUUGGUUCACUCAAUUCUCUGAAGCAAGAUAUUGAACAUAUGAAGUAUCCAAUGGGCACUCAGAACAACCCAGCCCGAACUUGCACAGAUCUACAACUCUGCCACCCAGACUUCCCAGACGGUGAAUAUUGGAUUGAUCCUAAUCAGGGCUGCUCUGGAGACUCCUUCAAAGUGUACUGUAAUUUCACAGCGGGUGGCGAAACUUGCAUCUACCCAGAUAAGAAGUCUGAAGGAGUAAGAAUUUCAUCAUGGCCAAAGGAGAAUCCAGGAGCCUGGUUUAGUGAAUUUAAGAGAGGCAAACUGCUUUCCUAUGUGGAUGUUGAAGGCAAUUCCAUUAAUAUGGUUCAAAUGACAUUCCUUAAACUACUGAGUGCCUCUGCCAGACAAAAUUUCACUUACAACUGUCAUCAGUCAGUAGCUUGGCAUGAUGGGUCAUCUGACAGCUAUGACAAAGCACUGAGGUUCUUAGGAUCAAAUGACGAAGAGAUGUCUUAUGACAACAGUCCUUACAUCAAAGCUCUUCAUGAUGGCUGUGCAUCAAGAAAAGGCUAUGCAAAGACUGUGAUCGAAAUCAGUACACCUAAAAUAGACCAAGUGCCUAUUGUUGAUGUGAUGAUUAAUGACUUUGGUGAUCAGAACCAGAAGUUUGGAUUCGAAGUUGGUCCCGUCUGUUUCCUCGGUUAAGUAUAGGCAAAGAGCAGAUCGGCAAACAAGUUGUGCCUAGGUGCUACCGACCCACUUCAUGCCACAUGCAAGUUUUGAUUAAGGAUGGCAUAGAAAAAAAUGUCUUACUGGGUACGUAUGUCUUAUCUAGGAAAUAUCCAUUGCCCUUGUAGGGCCAGAAUCACAUGACUUAAACUUAUUUGGCAAAUCAUGAGGGACAUAAGAGGCUGUGGCAGAGACACACAACAUAGGGAUAGCUUUAUGAAUACUCCCUUUGGAUUCCUUGGUGCUGUAAAACAUGAAUGUCAUGGUGCUCCUUCUAUUUCAACAAAGAGGUGCUAAGGAGGUGUGUUUAAUAAAUUGUAAUUAUUCUAUGUACAGUACUAUACUGUUAUUUGUGUGUCCGUUUCCAAAACUUGCAUGUGUCUCUGAAUUGCAUCUGGCUCUUAUUUUAUAAUUGCAAAACAUUUUUGUCAAUACUGUGUAUGUAUUAUGAAAAAAAAGUUGUAAUUUCCAGUGAAUCCAAUUUAAUUUUUCCGAUUAAUAAUAAAGUCCCUUUGUAUAUAUUGAUGUUGAAAAGCUCUGUUAUUUGAAGUCGCCAACAAAGCUUCGGGUGGCAAAACUGGAAAAUCUUUGGCAAGAAACUCAAAACAACACUUUGCUGAUAUUACUUUGUGAUAAUGAAUUUCAAGAAUGAACACACCCACUGAGGUGCUGUAUUCCAUGGUGCUAUUACCUCAGACUUUUUAUUUUCCUUUUCAGAUUCCAGGAUUUCUUAAGAUACCUGUAUAUACCUAAAAUAAGCAAGUUUAUAUUUGUGGGUGGGAAAAAUGUGUAUGAAAAAGGUGGGGAAAGUAUGUGCAGAGAUCUGUUUAAGUCUAUGUGAAGUAACUAGUAGUUAUAGUUAUCCUUUUUUUAUCUCAUCUGAAUUUGUUUUCAUUGUGCUUCUUUAAACCAUAUAAAUAUUAAAACUUGAUUCAAAACAACUAUUUAUGGAUUUGUGCAGUGUUUACAUAGCUUUUAUGUGAGCAGUGAUGAAUAUUUGCUUCUGAACUGGAUACUAAGUUUCACAUGAUAGCCCAUAUAUUAUUUGCCCAUCCCAUCAAUAUGAAUUCUCUGUUAUUUCAACUUAAGGCCAGGAACACAAUAUGUCUAGGUCAUGUGAUUCUACCUAGUUGCAAAGCAACAUACGAGGGACUGCUAUCUACAGAGCUUGUUUUCUGACCCAAACUGUUACAAUUUGCAAUCCAAAUCUCACAAAAAGGUUGGUUUGGCCUUCCAUCUAAACAUUUUUUUUCAGGUAGUUGGAAGUAGAAAGAACAUUUUAACUUUAAAACACAAAUCCUUUUGUAAUUAUUUUUCAUAAUAUAUGUAAGACUUGAAAAUAAAUGUUUGUUACUAUUUCUUAUAUAAAUUGUUAAAUUAAUUGGUACCAGAUUCCACUCCCUCAUUUCCAACUGGUAUUUUAUACAUGUAAAAGUGAGAUUUAAAAAGUCAUCCUUUUGCUGUUCAGAAUUUCUUUUAUUUUUGAACCAAAGUUUGUAACUGUCACCUCAAAGAGGGAAAAUAUGAAUUUUAUUAAUAAAAUCAAGUCUUGGCUACCUGGA